AUGGCUAGAAGUGUUAAGGAAGGAGAAAAGCCUUACAAGGUGGUGAAAGCAAGACCAAAGUUAAACGUGCCUUCCGAACAACGCGAGCAACGAUACUUGGAUGUCUUCGGGUAUUGGCAAACUGAACCAUAUCGUCCACCAAAAGUUACCAAUGUACGUUAG